AUGAAUACCAACAAUACCCAAAAUAUUAACUCCCCAAUAUUCCCUUCCCUCUCAAUUCAACCACUUGGAGAUUUGCGAAUAUUUGGAGUCUCAUCUCGCUUAGUUUAUGAGGGCAGUCCUUGUGAUGCCUUUCCCUGUUGGAAUGGAGGUAUUUGCAUUGAAUUGCGCAAAAGAAAAAAUUUAAAUAAAUUUAAACAAGAAGAAAAAAUUAAAAGAAAAGAAGGAAAAAAAUAUUUUUGUAAAUGUAAAAAAUAUUUUGGAGGAGAACAUUGUGAAGAAAGAUUAAUUAUGGUGCCAAAUAAAGAAUGCUCCAAUCAACUACUUCCUUGCCCCAACGGAACUUUUUGUUGGUUUAAUAAAUUAAAUACAACUUCAGAAUGCAUUUCCUUAGAAGAAUUAAAUGCCAGAAAAUACGAUAAUUUAACAACCAUCAAAACACCAAACGAAGAUACUUUUUCAUUUCUAACCGGAUUAUUUAUUCUAACCCUAAUUUUAUUUUCGCUUGCAUUAAUUUUAUUGUUAUGCCAUGGGCCUGCCUCGUCUGCUGGAGCUUUUUGUUUUCUUUAUAUUAACAUAAAUGAAAAUUCCCCGAGAAACGUGUCUAGAGGAAGAAAAUGCCCAAAAAUUAGCCAUUUAUUAAACCCAAAAAGAAAAAUAAAAAGAAAAGAUGACAAAAAAUGGAUGAUUGUUAUUGAAAAUGAAGAAGAAAAUUUAAAAAUUGAAGAGUUUGAGUUAAAAAAUAAUUUUUUAAAUGGAUAA